AUGGCUACCCCCAGUGUCCUUACCUUUGAUGCUGAGGGUCGUGCUCUUGACUUUGAGGUCUGGGUUGAUGACCUCCAGCUGUUCCUACAGUGCGAUAGGGCAGACGGACUCUCCCUGUUCGAUCUCACCUCUGGUGCCUCUCCUGCCCCGCCUACUGACGCUGACAGCACUGUCCGCUCACAGUGGGCCACACGCGAUGCUGCUGCACGUCUUGCUGUGCGUCGCCACUUACCGACCACUGAGCGUGCGCACUUUAGUCAGUACAAGAGUGCUAAGACCUUGUACGAUGCUAUAGUUGCACGCUACUCUUCCCCUGCCACUGCUGCUCUUAGCCGCCUCAUGCUGCCGUACCUGUUCCCUGACCUUGCUGCCUUUCCCACAGUCGCUGACCUCAUUACGCACCUUCGCACUAGUGACACUCGCUACCGCGCUGCGCUUCCUGCUGAGUUCUGUGCCAAGAACCCCCCCCCCAUGUACAUCACCCUCUACUACAUAGUCACCCGGCUCCCUGACUGCCUUCGCUUAGUCAGGGACCACUUCCUCUCAGUUUGCCCCACCACACUCACCGUUGACCUCCUCGAGGAGCGCCUCCUAGCAGCAGAGAAGAGCAUAGUCGCUGUAGGAGCCUCUCGUGGUGACCCUCGCACCCCCGUCUUUGAGGGGUGUUCCCCCUCCCCCCUCUUGCCCUCCGUUGCUUCUGCUGCUGCGGCCGACCUCGUUGGUUUCGAGUCGGUCGGCGCUGCGUCUGCCCCUAGCGGGAGACGCCGCACCGGCAAGGGCAAAGGGGGCAAGGGCACUGGAGGGGCUGGCGGGGGCGGUGGAGGUGGUGGUGGAGGCAGUGGAGGGGGUGGGGGUGGUGGUGGGAGUGGUGGCGGGGGUGGAGGUGUCGGUGGCAGCAGUGGAGGCGGAGGAGGCGGCGGCGGUGGCGGAGGGAGCGGAGGCGGCGGAGGUGGCGGAGGCGGCGGCGGCAGCGGUGGAGCUGGUCGCGGCUCUGCGCAGAGGAGUGGGUCCGGUGGUGGUCCGCCCCAGCAGCAGCAGCGCAGUCGUGAGACCCCGUCCCCCCAGCAGCUUCGUGAGUGGUACGCUGGGCGUCAGCGAGGUGGGGGUACUGGUCCCUGCACCUACGUCCUCCGUACCGGCGACCGCGCUGGUGAGCAGUGCGGGGGCCCGCACUCCACCCAGCGCUGCUUCGGCCGCCUGACGGACGCGUGGCGUCACCAGUUCCCUGACGCCACUGAGAUCCCUCGCUGGGGAGAGCUGUCUAGGGCGGGGGUUGCUAUCUUUGAUCUUGAUUAUGAUGCAAUUCUUGCUGCCAUGUAUGCUGUAUCUAAUAGUGAUGAGGGUGACUGUUACCUGUGUGUUCUGCCUGACCCGGGCAUUGAGGCUGCUGCUCUAGGUGCUGGUGAGGCUGCUGCUCUAGGUGCUAGUGCGUCUGCUGCCCCAGGUGCUGGUGAGUCUGCCCUCUCAGGUACCACGUCGGCUCAGGCCUUACACACCUUCACCCUUGACUCGGGUGCUUCCCGCUCCUUCUUUCGAGACCGCACCACGCUUACGCCGCUUAGUCGGCCGGUUGCAGUCUCCCUGGCGGACCCCUCUGGGGGUCCUGUCCUUGCUAGCUUCUCCACUGUCUUACCGUGUCCGGCAGCCCCCUCUGGCACCCUGUCAGGUCUCUACCUCCACUCGUUCUCUACGAACUUGGUGAGUGGAGCUGAUCUACAGGAUAGGGGGGUUGACCAGUUCACUCCUGCGAGUCAGCGGGUGACCCACUGCACGUGUGCUCGGACGGGCCGACACUUGGCCACGUUUACCCGUCGGCCGGGGUCGAGCCUGUACACACUGACUACUGAGUCUCCUCCGGUUGCUGAGUCUGGUCAGGUAGCUGCGUCGAGUCAGGUGUUUGCUGUAGCGUCUAGGUCUAGUCCUGAGUCUGCUCCCUGCUCGUGUCGUCUCCUGUCCCACCAGACUCUCCUUUGGCACCACCGCCUUGGUCACCCCUCCCUGCCUCAUCUCCGAGGCAUGGCCUCCCGUGUCCUUGUCUCUGGUCUUCCCCGGUCCCUCCCUCCCCUACCUCCGGGGCCUGCCCCUACCUGCGUUCCCUGCGUCGAGGGGCGGCAGCGCGCCGCCCCUCACUCCUCCGAGUUUCCUCCGACAGAGGCUCCGCUGCAGACUCUUCACAUGGACGUGUGGGGCCCCGCCCGCGUCCGUGGCCAGGGUCACGAGCGUUACUUCCUGUUGGUGGUUGACGACUACUCGCGUUACACCACGGUGUUCCCCUUGCGCAGCAAGGGUGACGUCACUGAGGUGUUGAUCGACAGGAUCCGCGCAGCUCGUCUCCAGCUCAGAGAGAGUUUUGGCUCGGACUUUCCUGUUCUGCGUCUGCACUCUGACAGAGGCGGGGAGUUUUCCUCUGCCCAUCUGGGAGCCUUCUGUCGUGCACAGGGCAUCCGCCAGACCUUCACCCUUCCGGCCUCUCCACAGCAAAAUGGAAUUGCUGAGCGCCGCAUUGGCAUGGUCAUGGACGUCGCUCGUACGUCCAUGAUCCAUGCGGCUGCCCCCCAUUUUCUGUGGCCGUUUGCGGUUCAGUACGCAGCGCAUCAGCUCAACCUUCAGCCCCGGGUCUCCUUGCCAGAGACCUCCCCCACCUUGCGGUGGACGGGGAAGGUUGGCGAUGCGUCUGCGUUUCGGGUCUGGGGAUCUCGGGCGUUUGUCCGCGACUUGUCUGCGGACAAGCUGUCCCCCCGUGCUGUUCCCUGCGUCUUCCUUGGCUUCCCCUCUGACGCGCUUGGUUGGCAGUUUUACCACCCCACCUCGCGCCGUGUUCUGUCCUCCCAGGACGUCACCUUUGACGAGUCGGUGCCUUACUACCGUCUCUUCCCCUACCGCACUGCGCCCCUCCCCCCGCCGCCGCUCUUCCUUGCGCCAGGUCCUCCCCCGGUAGACCCUCUCCCCCCUCAGGGUCCUGCCCCGUCAGGUGUGUCCCAGGUAGACGCAGUCCAGCCUGUCGAGGUAGCUGUUGACUCUGGUGCUGCUAGGGGUGCUGAGCCUGGGGGUGCUGAGUCUGGGGGUGCUGAGCCUGGGGGUGCGGAGCCUGGGGGUGCUGAGCCUGGGGGUGCGGAGCCUGGAGGUACGGAGCCUGGGGGUGCUGAGCCUGGGGGUGCGGAGCCUGGGGGUGCUGGGUCUGCUCGUGUGGCCUCUGGCGGUGCUGGGUUUGGGGGCCCUUCGGGUGCUUCGUCGAGGCGGGAGCUACCCUCUCCGCAGGAGCUGCGCGAGUGGUUUGCCCGGCGCUGGAGCCGUGCUGCUGGAGCUGGAGGUGCUACUGUUGCAGCUGGUCCUGGAGGUGCUCGUACUGGCGGUACUGGAGCUGUUGGGACUGGGGGUGCUGCUGGGGCUGCUGGAGUUGGUCCUGCUGGAGGUACUGCUGGAGCUGCUGGCGGUACUGGGGCUGGCGGUCCUGCUGGAGUUGGUGCUGCUGGAGCUGCUGGAGCUGGAGCUGCUGGGGGUGUUGGCGCUGGUGGUUCUGCUGGCGCUGGUGCUUCUGAGGGUGCUGGAGUUGGCGCUGUUGGAGCUGGAGGUGCUGCUGGCGCUGGUGCUGCCGCUGGAGUCUGA